GGUUUUAUAUUAAUUUUUAGAUACAGAUCUAAUUAUGAAGUAAAAGCAAGCACAGCUGGAGCGCUAUCAGACAGGAAGGUUUGAAACGUUCUGCUAUCAUAAUCAAAGAUAGGCCUAGUUCACACAACAGCACCUCGCCACCUUUGCCUCUGUCUCGUUUUCGGGGUCAGAAGGAGUGGUUGCGGAGGAGAGCUCUCCACCCGCCGAACGAAAACCGGAUGUUUGUGAAGCAAGCAGCUGUCACUGACAUAGCUAACGUUAGUAGCCGGCGAGCUAACAACAUAAUAAGCCUUUCAGCUGGGAUCAACUUCACAGAUACGUACACCACCAUGUCUUCAGACCUUCUGGUUGACCUCAAUGAUGACCUUGGAGUAGAUGAUCCCCCCAGCAAUGCCCUGGACCAGCUCAAACUGUCUCCAAUGGGGGACAAGCUGUGGCCCCCAGAUGACUCCAGUAUGAGCAAGUCUGAGACGGACAUAUCCAAGCGAUUGGGGGAGGGGUCACACCUGACCUGGGACCACCCAUACUAUGAUAUUGCCAGGCAUCAGAUUGUAGAAGUAGCAGGUGAUGAUAACUUUGGCAGGAAGGUGAUUGUCUUCAACGCCUGUCGGAUGCCCCCUCACCACGAACUGGACCACCACAAGUUACUGAUGUAUCUGAAGGCCACCCUAGACCAGUAUGUUGAGAGCGACUACACCCUCAUCUACUUCCAUAAUGGCCUCACCAGUGAGAACAAGCCAUCUCUCAGCUGGCUGAGAGACGCCUACAGAGAAUUUGACCGAAAGUACAAGAAGAACAUCAAGGCACUGUACAUUGUUCACCCCACCAUGUUCAUCAAGACUCUUCUCAUCCUCUUCAAGCCUCUCAUCAGCUUCAAGUUUGGACGAAAGAUCAACUACAUCAACUACCUGAGUGAACUGGAGGACAUUGUCAAGUGUGAGCAGCUAGUGAUACCCACCCGGGUGCGAGACUAUGAUGAAAAAAUCAGAGCCUCACUGAAACCAUCAGUUCAGGCCCAGAUGUCCCCCCCUCGCAGUCCACCACUGCCCAAUCAACAGUUUGGAGUCCCCUUGCCAACGCUAAGAGCGAGAAGUUCUGACAACGGAGCAGUUCCAUUAGUGAUGCGAGACACAGUGGCUUUCUUAAUGGAACAAGGUAUGCACCAUUCUUUCAGAUUUUACCAGGGAAUAUUCCGGCGGUCAGCCAACGUGACCCUCGUUAGGGAUGUUCAGCACAGAUAUAACUCAGGUGAGGAGGUGAGUUUUUCCCAGAUGGAGGACGUUCACUUGGCAGCUGUCAUCCUCAAGACUUUCCUCAGAGAACUACCAGAGCCCCUCCUCACAUACCAGCUCUACAAUGACAUUGUCAACUUCCACAAUGUUGACAGCAGUUCCCACGUGACUGCGAUCCGGAACAUGCUGGCAAUGCUCCCUGAGGAGAACUAUGCCUCCCUGAAGUUCCUCAUUGAGUUCCUGGUGCAGGUGUCCGCACAGAGUGAGAUCAACAAGAUGAACAACGCCAACCUGGCAGUGGUGUUCGGACCCAACCUGCUAUGGGGACAAGAUGCUGCCAUGACACUCAGUGCCAUCGGCCCCAUCAAUAACUUCACCAGAACUCUGUUGGACCAACACUACAAGGUCUUUUCACCCUAAGACGUCUCCUGACAGCUAUCUCUAACCAUGCCCCAUUCAUUCUGUGUUUAAAUCCCCAUCUCUGACCCUGUCUCUGUAUUGGUCUAGUACAGUGUAACUGUAUCUCUCCCAGUGCCCCUAGUAGUGUUGCCAAAUGCAUGAGUGUAUUGUGACUGAGGACACAGAGAAAAAAAAGACAGGGGAGACGAAGCGUUGAAGAUGCCAAAAGAGGCCAAAAGUCAGGUUAGAAGACAGGUAUGAAGGCUUUAAUGUCUCUCCCAGAUAUCUAUCACUCAGGAAAAGUUCAACACAGGGUACAUGAUUUGGUACUUUAAAACAAUUGGAACAAUCUAAACCAGUUCACAUCUGUUUUGGUUUGAAUCAUAUCAAAUAUUUAUUUUGAUGGUACAGAUUUCAGAGAACAUUUAUGCAAUGUUUUGUAUCUGGGGAGCAAUAUGUAUUUCAUAUUCAUUUACUUUAUGUCUAGUCCUAUUUGCAUUGGAACAAAUCAUAAAUGAUCGGUCGCUACAGUCAGUGAGCCAGUGUACUCCAGUAUUCGAGGUAGUCUAAACUAUAUCAGGGAGUUUUAUAUUUUGAAACAUCUUAUUUAAGAAUCAUGGUUAUGUGUAAAGCUACAGUCUAUAGCUAAAUAAAACCUUAAGAGUAUGUGUAUUUACGUUUAUAAAAAAAUGUUUGUCACAUAGCGCCUUACUUUUUUAAAUGUGUACUUAUCUGACAAAACAUGCUGGUAUACCCUUUAAACAUUUCCAGCAAGCCUUUGUUUGUUUGUUUCUGCUGCAUUACAUUUGUCAAGUCUUCAUUUUUGAUAAUUUGUACAGGUCAACUAUUUAAAAAAAAACUAAUAGUCUUAAUCAUGUAACUUCUACAUUUCAUGUUAUGCCUGAUUAGCUUUCUCAAUGCAGGACAGUGUUUUCAUGAUACAUAUUCUACUUUAAUUAGUGUAUUAUUACACUCGACUAAUGGCAGUUAGCAGUUAUUCAUCGAAAAUCACUAUCCAGCUGUAAAGACUGAUGGCUAGUGUCAUUUUGGUGAAAGAUCUUCAUGAAGCCUUAAAGUCAGUAGGGGCAUAGAAGGGCUCCUAAUCAUGGAUAGACUGAAAUGCUGUGUACUUACAGACCCAGGGGGCUCUCAGGCCAUACGGUAUUUCUGUUUCUUCUGUAUGGUGAGUUGUGUUGUUUUUCAGCCUUAUUUUGCUAAUUUUAUUACGUCCGUUGUUUUUGUUCAGUUCCAAAUUCAACUCAACCAAAUAAUUAUGGUUGCAUUGGAGAACACAAAGAUUUUUUAUAUUUUUUAAACCUUAAAACAUAAAUUUGCAAUGGCCAAACCUUUGGGGGUACAACUCCUGUACUCUGUAAUCCUGAAUGACUUUGUACUGAAAAUAUCCUGAACAAGAACAGUGCUAAUGUUAAGACUGAAUAAGUAAGAGUUCUGUUGUGCUUCUAUGUUUUGUCUAUUAUUAAAAUGAAUUUGUUUACUGUGUAUGAAAACUUCCUAAUCAUGUCAAUGAAACAAUUGCAGUGACAUGCGGAUCAGUGGCUUAGUAGAACCUUUAUGACCCCAUUUGCGUCUGUGUGCCUUAAGGAAACAAACAGGCAAGUAACUACCAACUCCUCCACUUGUCAUAUCUCGUGAAAAUUGUGCCCGUUUUAUCCACCUUUACUGUACUGUUUAUCUGUAUUGUCAAAUAAUAGUAUUUCCUGGUUGCUACAGUGAAAAAUGAAAUUUCUCUUUAAGAGUAUUUCUCGGUUCUAGGUAUUUUACUGCAAUCUUACUUUCAAGAUCUCUUUUUUAUAUGUUGUGGAUAUAAAGUAUAAAUAAAAGGUGAUGGUUAAAAGUG